UUCUCAGUUUAUCAAAGGUUGACCUGUUUCGUUUGCGGUAGUUUGAAUCUAAAAUCUUCCAGCCGAUUCCUCGAUAUAUCCUCAACUUCCUAGUCGAUAUCUAAAUCGCCUUACUUUCCGUUUCCUCUUUAUUUCAUCUUUUUUUCUUGUUUUUCUACUAUUUCUCCAUGGGUGAUACGAAAACAACUCCACCUGCAGCAGCAUCUGUUUUGAAUGACUUUCCAUUCCUCUUCCGCAAGGCCAGCGACAUCAAAGCUGCCGCCUCAGCACCAUCUACAGUCACAGUAGGCACCAAAGAUGCCUCUCUCUCUACCCCAGUAAAGUCCGCUGGGUCCCGUUCAACUAAGGGCAAGCAGGCGCCCGAUCCCGCCAAGGCCUCUUCAACUGGCACUCGCAAAAGUGCGAAGAAGCCGCAGCAAGCGAAGCAACAAUCACAUCCAUCUCAGGCACAGCAGGUGCUCACCAAGCAGCCUGCUGUUUCAACACCGGUGCGUUCUGCAAGCAAUGCCUAUGCAGGACCUACUUUCCACGCCUCUCCCGCCCCUACCGCGAUCCCGGUUCCCAAGUUCAUGUCGAGCUCGGUUCCUACGGGAUCUUCGAUGGACCAAUACUUUACCUCCGCAGCUUCAGACACUGGAUCUAACGGGUCUGUUGCGUCUGCACCUUCUCCUCUAUCAUCAACUGCUUCUUCGCCUUCCCUGAGCUUGGCGGCCCCUACGUUUGUGAUGGAUGAAGGUGAACCUGCUCUUGUGCAAUCUGCACCGCCUUCGCCAUCUCCUGUCAACAUCCCGGCAGCUCCAGCUAAAGCACCUGCACCCCGUCCCUCCAACCGGUUUGGGGAUAGUGUUGUCUUUAGACCACGCCGGAAGGGUGGUCUCGUGCAGCAGGAUCUAUCGCAAGACUCGCCGAUGAAGGAGAACUCUCCGGUGCCAAAGGAGGUCAAGCCGACAGUGGACACUGAAGCCAAAGGCUCAUCCCGCCGAGCGCCUGCUGAGUUCAAUUUCCUGUUCCAAGAGAACAACCGUGCCACACACACAUCGGCACACACAUCGGCUGCAGGAUCGAAGGGAAUGAACCGCCCUGUCUCUCGACGACUUGGAUUCAUUCACAAUCAAAGCGGAGUGGCGGUGCAGACGGCAACUGUUUAAUUUAUAAUAUUGCUUCUACAGUUAUGGGUUAUUGGAUUUGUUUAUCGGCGUAUUGUUUCUUAGACUUCCAAUUAUCUAUGUAUUAUUGCCUGCGUGUUAUUCCUUUGCUUUGCUUUGUUUU